UCCCUGCAUACCCCUGACACUCCUGAUCACUCCCUGCAAAGAGAGGCUCCGAAGAGGCGACGCCAUGAGGACCACCGUGCUGAGGAUGAUGGCCGCGCUGAUGUGCGUGAUGGCUGUGUGCGCAGAUGUCAUGCCCAUGCAGGACUUCAACCUGGAGAAGAUGGCAGGUAAAUGGUACCUGAUUGGCUUUGCAAGCAACGCUCAGUGGUUUGUGGAUCACAAAGAAUCCAUGAAGGUUGGAACUGCCAUGUUUGCCCCAACUGAAGGAGGAGACCUGGACCUGUCUUACGCCACCCUGAAUACUGACGGCACAUGCUGGAGAAUGACUCACCUGGCUAAGAAGACAGACACUCCUGGACGCUUCACCUUCCACAGUCACACUUGGAACAACGACAACGACAUGCGCAUUGUCGACGUCGUGUAUGACAGCUACGCUCUGGACUACACCAUCAAGACGAAGGACGAGGUGUCCGAAGUCCUCGUCAAGCUGUACAGUCGCAGUCCUGAGGUCAGCGCCGACCUGCAACAGAAGUUCUCUCAGUUCUCUCAGACCCACGGCAUCCUCCCUGAAAACAGCGUCAUCCUGCCAAAGAACGCYGAGUGUCCCGAGGACGCAGCGACCGCCGCCCCCUAAACCCCUCUGUCCACCGUCUCUGAAGCCCUGGGUUUCAUCUGAGAGGGGUCCUGCCCCCCCACCCCUCACUGUGAUCUCUUCUGCGAUGACCAGUGUCAAACCUUUAACUCUAAACCAUGCUGCAACUUAAGACCCGCUGAUCCAAGUUCAGCUGAAACUCUUUUUUAGCUUGUGUGUUGGCAGAGGGAGACGAUCGGAGCACAGGGUCAGAAUGUGUUGAAAAUGUUGACGUUUGAAUGUCCCCCCUCCCCCCCAGUUUACAAUAAAAUGAUAAAACAUGUUGUUGAGUACAUUUUGGUGGAAAACAAAAAGCUCAUGUCUGUAAAACGUCAGUCAUUAAUUAUAAAAUGUGUUUUUUGGAAAGACCUACAGAAGUGGAAUCAUGACACUUUUUGGUUGGUUUUGGUCUGUAAAAUGUUCCACACAGAUCUUAUAAAACUCAUUUAAACACA